AUGGUAGUGGAUCCUAUUGGUUUGUCGGGGAGAUUAGCUCUAAUGUGGAAGCGGGAAGUCAGUGUGGAGGUGAAAUUUGCUGAUAAGAAUAUCAUAGAUUGCUGCAUAAGGUACAGAGGACAGUGCUUCUUUGUUACUUUUGUCUAUGGUGAGCCAAGUCAGCAAGGAAAGAGGAAGGUUUGGGAAAGGUUAAUGAGGCUGGGAGCUGGGAGGAAGGAGAGUUGGGGUUUGUUGGGAGAUUUUAAUGAUAUCUUGCACAAUGGAGAGAAGAUUGGAGUUCCGAUCAGAGGAGAUAAUUCUUUUCUGGAUUUUGCUCAAAUGAUCCAGGUCUGCGAGAUGAAGGAACUAACUGGGUUUGGUGAUAGUUUUACUUGGGCAGGAGUAAGAUAUAAGAAGUAUAUCCAGUGUAAGCUUGAUCGUUGCUUUGGAAACAAGCAAUGGAGAAACAGUUUUCAGAACUCAACACAGACGUUCAUGGAAAGGCUAGGGUCGGAUCACAGACCAGUUAUGAGUCGAAGAAACGAUAGGGGAAGCAUGGAACAGAGCCAGAGGGAUUGGGAACCUAUCGAUAGUGGACACCCCUUGUUGGGAGUGUGUGUGUGUGAGUUAAACACAGAGAUCAAUAAAGCGUUUCAAGAAGAGGAAGAAUUCUGGGUGCAGAAGAGUAGAGACAAAUGGUUAGUGGUGGGAGAUAACAACACCAGUUUCUUCCAUGCCUCUGUAAAGGCAUGUCGUCAACAGAACCAUCUGUCAAAGCUUGUUGAUGAUGAAGGUAGAGAUCAGAGCUCGCUCCCUCAAAUGGGGAAGAUUGCCACAUACUACUUUGAAAAGCUCUUCUCUUCUUCUGCGUCGAAUGAGGUUAUGGGUUUCUUUGCUAGUCUAGCGCCUAGGGUCUCAGAGAAUAUGAACCGUAAGCUGAUAUGGGAGGUCACUGAUGAAGAAGUGAGAUCGGUUGUUUUCUCAAUCAAACAGUCCAGUGCUCCAGGCAGUGAUGGGAUGAAUGGACUGUUCUUUCAGGAAUAUUGGGGAAUUAUCGGAAUGGAGAUUGUGAAAGAAGUUAAGGCUUUUUUCAGUACUGGUGUGUUUCCAUUGGAAUGGAACUUCACACAGAUAUGUUUGAUUCCAAAAAUCACAAAUCCUACUUCAAUGGUUGAUCUGAGACCGAUUAGUCUAUGUUCCGUGCUAUACAAGAUUGUGGCUAAGAUUUUGGUCUCAGGGAUCAAGCCACUUUUGGAGCACAUUGUGUCGCCUAACCAAUCUGCGUUUGUUCCGGAGCGUUUGAUAUCAGAUAAUAUCAUCAUUGCCCACGAGAUGAUACAUGGGUUGAGGACGCAUGAUCAUAUAUCCAAGGAGUUUAUGGCAAUAAAAACUGAUAUGUCAAAGGCGUAUGAUAGAAUUGAGUGGAAUUACUUGGAAGGUUUGAUGAUGGCGAUGGGUUUUCACGCUAAGUUCAGAGAGUGGAUCAUGUUCUGUGUACGCUCGGUCUCCUACACGGUGCUUAUCAAUGGUGAGGAACAGGGGAAAGUCUUACCAGGUAGAGGGUUGAGACAAGGAGAUCCUCUGUCUCCUUUCCUCUUUGAUUUAUGCACUGAAGUUUUAUCACAUCAGUUAAAUGAAGCAGAGAGAAGAGGUGAGAUAUCGGGGAUUAGAUUCUCCGCGGAUGGUCCUGCGAUACAUCAUUUAUUCUUCGCGGAUGAUUCCCUAUUGUUGCUAAAAGCUAAUGAGGAAGAGUGUGGUGUGGUUUGUCGGAUUCUUAAGGAGUAUGAGGUGGUAUCUGGUCAGAUGAUUAGCCUUACAAAGUCAGCCAUCACUUUUGGAAGUAAAGUGGAGAAUGGAAUGAAAGUGAAUAUCAAAGAGAUAUCUGGGAUAACAAAUGAAGGAGGUACCGGAAAAUACUUGGGAUUACCGGAAUGCUUUAGUGGCUCCAAGGUAGCUAUACUGCAGUACAUCCACGUGAAGAUGACGGCUCGCUUUCAAGGGUGGCAUGCUUUCUUUUUAUCUACUGGUGGAAAGGAAGUACUACUAAAGUCUGUGGCUAUGGCCAUGCCGGUGUUUGCAAUGUCGGUUUUUAAACUCCCGAAAACUACUUGCAAAAUGCUUACAAGUGCAAUGGCUAAUUUCUGGUGGAAUGCACAAGAUGGAAAAAACAAGAUGCAUUGGGUCUCUUGGGAUAGGAUGUGUCUUGAUAAGAAAGAUGGGGUCAUGGGUUUUAAGGAUUUGGAAAAAUUCAAUCAAGCCCUGCUGGCUAAACAGGGUUGGCGUCUCCUAAUGGACCCAAACUCUCUGUGUGCACGAGUGAUAAAGAGCAGAUUCUAUCCUACUGGUGACUUCUUAGAUGCAAAGAUUGGGAGCAGACCAUCCUACGCUUGGAGGAGCAUGUUAUUUGGUAGAGAGCUGUUGGUGAAGGGGCUAAGAAGUAAUGUAGGGUCUGGCAAGAGCAUUAUGGUUUGGACUGACAAAUGGCUCUUUGAUAAAGAACCCUUGGCACCUAUGAGGAAACAAACUUUCUUCAAUGUAAAUUUAAGGGUGUGUGACCUUAUCAAUACUCAAACAGGAUCUUGGGACCGAGAGAAGCUGGAGGAGGUUUUCUUCCCAAGUGAUAUUGAGCUGAUCAUGAAGAUGAAACCUGCUUUUGGGAAAGAAGACUCAUACGAAUGGGUACACAACAUAUGGGGAGUAUACUCUGUUAAGUCAGGGUACUGCCAAGUUUGGUCAGUGAACACUACUCCAAAGAUCAAAGUGUUCAUGUGGAAAGCAUUGUCCAAUGCCCUUGCGGUUUCAGAGGAGUGCAUCGCAAGAGGGAUGAAGGUUGACCCUCGGUGUCAAAGGUGUGGAGAUGAUGGAGAAUCCAUUAACCAUGUUCUGUUUUCUUGCCCUGCAGCUAGCCUGGUGUGGGCGGCAUCAGGUUUUCCGUUUCCACAACGAGGUUUUGAGAACAGGUCUCUGUUUGAAAACUUUAGCUACUUGUUGAGUAUUGGGAAAGAUUCUCGAGUGCCAAAAGAACUACGGCAGGUCUUUCCUUGGAUACUAUGGAUGCUGUGGAAGAAUAAGAAUGCUUUCUCUUUUGAAGGGAAAGAUUAUGCAGCAGAAAAUACAGUGGCAAAGUGUCGGGAGGAGGCUACACGAUGGACUGAAAUAACGGGUGUAGCAAAGGCGGAAGAAGCUAAGAGGAAUCAAUGCAAAAAGGUUGAUUCAACGUGGAGGGCUCCAGAAAGAGAAAGACUGAAGUGCAAUAUUGGGAUCUCGUGGUGUAGAAAGACGAAUUUGGCUGGUAUGGGAUGGAUUGUUAGAACCAGUAGUGGUGAUACUGUUCUACAUAGUAGAAGAGCUUUUAAUGGUGUCUCAUCACUCAUGGAGGCUAAACGCUUGGGACUUAUAUGGGCUGUGGAGAGUAUGACUUCGCUUAAGCUGCAUAAUGUAUCUUUUGAGGUGGAGGAUAGGGAUUUGGUGGCUUCGGUAAAUAAGCCAAAGUCUUGUCCAACGUUGCGAGCAUACGGUGAGGAGCUUAAAGAGGUUCUGAACUGUAGUCGUGAAUGGGAACUGGAAUCGGUGUCGAGAAGGGCAAACACGGUGGCGUUUAAGAUUGCAAGGAGCGUAACAGAACAAAAGAGGUACCAAUCCUAUGUAGCACAAGGGAGUCCUUCUUGGCUACGAAGCUUACUUGUGGAGGAAGGUUUGAGGUCACGAGGAUGA